AUGGCACAAUUACCUCCUAAGAUCCCAAACAUGUCACCAAGUUGGCCAGAUUUUUCUAUUUACCACAAUAUGCCAUCUCUUGCAAAUGUUGGCAACAACAACACAAACCAUUGUCAUCAGCAUAAUCAGAACCCUUCUUGGGUUGAUGAGUUCCUCGACUUCUCCUCCGCCAGGCGCGGUGCUCACCGCCGGUCGGUGAGCGAUUCCAUCACCUUCCUCGAGGCACCAAUGCUUGAAGAUUGUCGUGACAACCCUGCCAUGCCACAUAGUUCUGGAAACGACAAUGAGUUCGAAAAGUUUGAUGAUGAUCAAUUCAUGUCCAUGUUCACGGAUGAAAUCUCUGGUGUCCCCAUGCCACCAACCAUGUCCUCCUCAAACAAUUCAAGCCCUUCGGAUCAGAAUUUCAUCAAUGAUGAGAAAGAAACGAAUCAACCCGAAGAGGAGAAGCAGCAGCAGCACCAAUUGAAAAAUGAACCAGAUGAGGUUGAAAGCCAAUGUAAACAAGAAAUCACAGAGGCUCCAAAUAACACGAAUGCUACUUCUUCCAAUGACAGAAUCACUGACCCCAAGAGAGUCAAAAGAAUCUUGGCAAAUAGGCAAUCAGCACAAAGAUCGCGAGUGAGGAAGCUGCAAUACAUAUCAGAGCUUGAGCGAAGUGUAACUUCAUUACAGGCCGAAGUUUCAGUGCUGUCUCCACGGGUUGCAUUCUUGGAUCAUCAACGCUUGCUUCUAAAUGUUGACAACAGUGCUCUCAAGCAAAGAAUCGCCGCCCUUGCCCAAGACAAGAUCUUUAAAGAUGCUCAUCAAGAGGCACUGAAGAGAGAGAUAGAGAGACUGAGGCAAAUUUAUCACCAACAGAACCUGAAGACGAUGGAUAAUGCUGCAGGGUCACCAUUGCCAUCCCCAGCACAAAAGCCAAUAUGUGAUUCUCAGACGGAAAUGGAACAGCUUCUCAAUGUUUAA